AUGUUACAGUGUAAUCUGGGGAUCGCCAUGAAAUCACCAAUCAAAAGCAACGCGAAUUGGGAGCGCGGUAAAACUCCUACUCUGGGCUCAUGGCGAGUGCGGAAAAUACAACAUCACUUUUACUCUGCCGGUCGCCAUCGCGUUUUUUUCUUCCCGCGAGUUGUUCCGGUUGGUUCUGCCGUUUGCCGAUGUUGGCCCGUUGAGAAGCUGCCACGGGACUCACCAAUCAACGAACGCCAGGUCAGUAGCAGAAAUUUGCCGGAAAAGCUGCCGAACAAAUUCGACACCAUCCGACUCACCAAUUUUCCUCCCACAGUCGCACGCAGAACGCUGGAAGCGAACCCGGGAAAAGCCGACAGAAAAGUCGGGACAGGAUCCGCUGGACGUGAGGGGGCCGACACCUCCCGCCGUGAGAGGCCAAUUUGCCAGAGACGGAGCUAUUCGGAGAGCGGACAUCACUCAACGAAACGUUGCGACGUGAAACCACCCACUGAAAUUCAACGGUUCGGACGCAGUCAAGAAGAACCGGUAAGUGAAGCAUCUCUGAGGGAAUACCAAAUGGCUAAUGUUUUGCUUUUGCAUCAGAUUGGGACAGCCAAGUUCGGCAUCGACCAAGCCGCCCAGAAGUUGCUAUUCUCAGGCCCCAGAUUGGGGCUUUUCUGAGGAGCUGAGGCCAAGCGUCGAGAGAGCUGGACUGGACCAUCGAGACUCUUCAGCGACAGCGCCGGUUCCCGGAUUGGAAGGCGAUCGCCCUCUUCCAGUGGUGCUCAAAUCCGCU